AUGAGACUCAAUGCUCGUAUGGACCAGGCUGGGCCUUCCCAGAUCGUCAAUACAGCCUCGGAAGUCAUUAUUGAUCAUGGCGACGAGCAACAUCACGCUGACGCUAUGGGUGCUGUUAUAUUCGAGAAUGAAAUGGAGUCAGGCUAUUUCGGUGGGUCUACGUUGUGGAGUCUCGUCAUUCAUACCUCUGAUCCUAACCUGUUUCAAGGCCCAUCUUCAAACAUAUUCUUCUUGAGAGCAAUUGGCCAGGUCAUGCUUCAAGCGAGCAACUUUACUUUGAGCUCUGCUUCUGCUAAUCAGGACUCCUUGGCACCGUCCCGACGAGUGUCUAUACCAUCAGCAGCCGCUUGUGUCCAUCGAUCAUCUACAGCACAUGCUGAAAACCCCUCCGACGCUUUGACUUCAAUCGACGAAGACAAGAUCAUCGACAGCUUCUUCACCAACACAGGCUACCUGUUUCCGUAUAUUCAUGAGGGACGUUUCAGAUCGAAACUUGAUUCUUUGCGAGGCUAUCCGUCACGGCAAAGACCACGUUCUUGGCUCGGGCUAUUGAAUAUCAUCUUAGCUAUCGCCAUCAGUGCCGACCGCUCUAAUGGCCUCGAUGCUCUACAACGGAGUAAGAAGUCACAGGUCUAUGCCCAGAGAGCUUUGUUUCACUGCAAGAAUCGCAUGAUGCAGGGUGUCAAUAUCGAAACUGCGCACUUCCUGUUGCUGCUAGGUCAAUAUCUCCAAGGCACACAGAAGCCGUCUGAAGCCUGGACCGUGUCGGGCCUCGCGGUAAAGGUCGUCCUACAGCUUGGACUGCACACCAAUGCAAUUUCUAUCGGCCUUUCAGCCGUCGAUCAGGAGAUCCGCAAGCGUACGUGGCUUGCGUGCGUCUCUCUCGAUCGCACGAUGAGCAUGACCUUUGGCAGGCCUUCUUCGAUCCCAGGCUCGUACGUGAAGGUACCUACACCUCUGCAGUACCCAGAAUCUGCACCUUCGGAAUCUGCAACCGCUGUGACGGAACAGAAAGAUCCUAGUAAUGUCAGCUUCUUUGCUGCUACGGUCAAGCUAUAUAAUGUGGUCUUUGUCAUACUCGACCGCCUGUAUGGACAGAACCUGGAGUUCGAUGAUCCAUUACCGUCGAGAGAUGUCAUCACCCGGAUUUUCGAAAUCGAAGGCUCUCUGCUAGACUGGGAACAGUCCGUCCCCAAGACUCUAGCUACAAUCUCUGCCAACGACCUGACGGACUACCUGCAAGCACAGGGUAUGACUGAUGUCGCGGAGCAAAGACUGAAACUGAGAACCAUCCUCACGCUUCGUUAUCUGAGCGCCCGUUUGCUUCUCCAUCGUCCUAUCCUGCUGCGAAUGCUGCAGGACAUGAGCAGAAGCAACACCAUCACGAGUGACAAUGCUCUGCUGGAGCAGUUCGGCGCCAGCAGUAUCAGUGCAUCACUUGUCAACGCAACUGAUAUCAUUGAGCUGGUGCGAACGGCCACUACAUCACCGUCUGCGGCUCAAAGAGACGUCUUGGGAGCGUGGUGGUUCACACUGUACUACACGUUCAACGCCGCCCUGACAGUCUUCGCCUGCUACCUCAUCUGCAGAACGUCCACCACAAACCCAGGGGCCCUCGACUACAUCACAACACUCGACAGGAUCAACGCCGCGAUACAAAGUCUUGAAGCACUGGAUCGAAACAAUCAGACAGUCGACCGAUGCCGACACUGUCUUCGAACGCUAGUCGACGCUACUAUGCAUAUGGGACAAAACCUGGAUCAGGAGUAUCUGCUAGACCAGAUGUUUUACUCUCAUGAUCUCGGGUUCGACACUGGUGUUGGGUUUGAUGAGCUUUUUGUUGGGAGCGAUGGGAGUUCUGCUCUGAAUAUCGGGAUUUGA